CUUGGCGCUCUCUCGGGUUGAAUUUUGUCUGCUUCUCAAGCCCUGAGCCCAAGUUCCACACUGCGGAGAGAUCUGGCCCCAUUGUGCCCAGCUGACCUCCCAGCACCGGCAUUGUUUUUUCGGUGCACGCCGGCUGCGGGGAGCACAAAGCCGGGCAGACCGAGGGCGCCGGCAGCGAGCCGGGGAGCUAGGCGAGGCCCGCGCGCCCGCGCCUGCAGCGCCCUUCGGGCGAGGAGAGGAGCCGGCGGCGUCAGCCCGGGCGGUGGCAUCCGCGCGGUGGCAUCCCUAGGCGCCCCAAGCGCAUUCCUCGGGACCUGGCUGCUCGCUGUCCUUCCCCCUGCACCCCACUUCUCCUACCCUCUUGCCCAGCCCUGCCUGCCUCUGCCCGGCCCCCGAGAGCCGUAUUGAGCCCAGGCCCGCCCAGCAGCUGUUGCUCGUGUGUCGCUGCCUUGCCUCCUGUCUUGGUGCUCUGCCGGGGGCCCCCAAAGAGCCAGUGAGCGCUGCGGCUUCGGAGGGAGGCGCCGCUCAGCCGGUGCUCCUCCUCCUCCUCUUCCUCCUGCUGCCGCCGCCGGUGCCCAGUCCGUGCGCACCCCGACACCCCCGCCAGCCGGGCCUCGGGACCCUGCUAAGGCUAGCUUCUUGACCUCAACUGCUGGAACAAGUACCACAUAUUCUAAAGCAGUGACACUCAUGGGAACAAACUCGGCACAUCUCCAGACUUUGAUUUGGCUGAAGUAACUUAUACCACAGAGCCGUGGGCAUGCCUGGAAUUGAGAGGCACAGAUGAAAGACUCCAAAUUGUGUCCUGCCUUUUGAAAACUCCAGAAGACUAUCCCUUCGGACUCUGGAAUUCUACACAUCUCAACAGAGACUUCGCUUGAAUGUUUACAUUUUCUGCUUGCUGGGCUACAUACAUAGCACUAUUUAGUGUUCACCUUUUGUUAAAAUUUACAAGUGUCAGGGGUCGAGCUUGCUCAGCAAGCCAGCAUGGCUAGGAUGAGCUUUGUUGCAGCAGCUUGCCAGUUGGUGCUGGGCUUGCUAAUGACUUCAUUAACUGGGUCUUCCCUACAAAACAGCGAGUGCCCACAACUUUGCGUGUGUGAAAUUAGGCCCUGGUUCACCCCACAGUCAACAUACAGAGAAGCCACCACCGUUGAUUGCAAUGAUCUCCGCUUAACCAGGAUUCCCAGCAACCUGUCCAGCGAUACACAAGUGCUUCUCCUACAGAGCAAUAACAUCGCCAAGACCGUGGAUGAACUGCAGCAGCUUUUCAACUUGACUGAGCUAGAUUUCUCCCAGAACAACUUUACAAAUAUUAAGGAGGUAGGGCUGGCAAACCUGACCCAGCUCACUACUCUACACUUGGAGGAAAAUCAGAUUACGGAAAUGACUGAUUACUGUCUGCAAGAUCUCAGCAACCUUCAAGAACUCUACAUCAACCAUAACCAGAUUAGCACUAUUUCUGCUAAUGCUUUUUCAGGCUUAAAAAAUCUUUUAAGGCUCCACCUGAACUCUAACAAAUUGAAAGUUAUUGAUAGCCGCUGGUUUGAUUCAACACCCAACCUGGAAAUUCUCAUGAUUGGGGAAAAUCCUGUGAUUGGAAUUCUGGAUAUGAACUUCAAACCCCUUUCAAAUUUGAGGAGCUUGGUUUUGGCAGGAAUGUAUCUCACCGAUAUUCCUGGCAAUGCCCUGGUGGGCUUGGAUAGCCUCGAGAGUCUGUCUUUUUAUGAUAACAAACUGAUCAAAGUCCCUCAACUUGCUCUGCAAAAAGUUCCAAAUUUGAAAUUCUUAGACCUCAACAAAAACCCCAUCCACAAAAUCCAAGAAGGGGACUUCAAGAAUAUGCUUCGGUUAAAAGAACUGGGAAUCAACAACAUGGGGGAACUCGUCUCUGUGGACCGCUAUGCCCUGGAUAACUUGCCUGAACUCACAAAGCUAGAAGCCACCAAUAACCCCAAAUUAUCCUACAUCCACCGCUUGGCUUUUCGAAGUGUUCCUGCCCUGGAAAGCUUGAUGUUGAACAACAAUGCCUUGAAUGCCGUUUACCAAAAGACAGUAGAAUCCCUUCCCAAUCUGCGUGAGAUCAGCAUCCACAGCAACCCCCUGAGAUGUGAUUGUGUCAUCCACUGGAUUAACUCCAACAAGACAAACAUCCGCUUCAUGGAGCCCUUAUCCAUGUUCUGUGCCAUGCCGCCCGAAUAUAGAGGGCAGCAGGUAAAGGAAGUUUUAAUCCAGGAUUCAAGUGAACAGUGCCUCCCAAUGAUCUCUCACGACACAUUCCCAAAUCAUUUAAACAUGGAUAUUGGCACAACAGUUUUCCUAGACUGUCGGGCUAUGGCUGAGCCAGAACCUGAAAUUUACUGGGUCACUCCCCUUGGAAAUAAGAUAACUGCGGAAACCCUUUCAGACAAAUACAAGCUAAGUAGUGAAGGUACCUUGGAAAUAUCGAACAUGCAAAUUGAAGACUCAGGAAGAUACACCUGUGUUGCCCAGAAUGUCGAAGGGGCAGACACUCGCGUGGUGACAAUUAAGGUUAAUGGAACCCUUCUAGAUGGUACCCAGGUGCUGAAAAUAUAUGUCAAACAGACAGAAUCUCAUUCCAUUUUAGUGUCCUGGAAAGUUAAUUCCAAUGUCAUGACGUCAAACUUAAAAUGGUCAUCUGCCACCAUGAAGAUUGACAACCCCCACAUAACAUAUACUGCCAGGGUCCCAGUAGAUGUUCAUGAGUACAACCUAACACAUCUGCAACCUUCCACAGAUUACGAAGUGUGUCUCACAGUGUCCAAUAUUCAUCAGCAGACUCAAAAGUCAUGUGUUAAUGUCACAACCAAAAAUGCUGCCUUCGCACUGGACAUUUCUGAUCAAGAAACCAGUACAGCCCUUGCUGCAGUAAUGGGGUCCAUGUUUGCCGUCAUUAGCCUUGCGUCCAUUGCUGUGUACAUUGCCAAAAGAUUUAAGAGAAAAAACUACCACCAUUCAUUAAAAAAGUAUAUGCAAAAGACCUCUUCGAUCCCACUAAAUGAGCUAUACCCACCACUCAUUAACCUCUGGGAAGGUGACAGCGAGAAAGACAAAGAUGGUUCUGCAGACACCAAGCCAACCCAGGUUGACACAUCCAGAAGCUAUUACAUGUGGUAACUCAGUGGAUAUUUUGCUUCUGGUAGUAAGGAGCACAAAGACGUUUUUGCUUUAUUCUGCAAAAGUAACAAGUUGAAGACUUUUGUAUUUUUGACUUUGCUAGUUUGUGGCAGAGUGGAGAGGACGGGUGGAUAUUUCAAAUUUUUUUAGUAUAGCGUAUCGCAAGGGUUUGACACGACUGGCAGCAUCUCUAGGCUUCCAGUUUGUGUUUGGUUUUUAUUCUUAUCAUUAUUAUGAUUAUUAUUAUUAUAUUAUUAUUAUUAUUUUGUUUUAGUUGUUGUGCUAAACUCAAUAAUGCUGUUCUAACUACAAUGCUCAAUAAAAUGAUUAAUGACAGGUUGGGGUUCCCCUGCGCUUUUACCAGUAGCAUGACCCCUACUUCUGAAGCCAUCAGUAGAAAAUACCGUGUCCUCCAAAAAGCUAACCGACAGUUGUGAAGCAGCAUUGAACCUUUUGUAGCAAUCUGGUCUACAGACUUUUAACUCAAGAAGCUAAGGCUAGACUUGUUACCUUGUUGAAUGAUGUUAGUUGACUGUACUGUAAUGUUGUAUCAACUGAAUUGAAGGUUUGCCUUUGAACAAUGACUUUUCUUUUUUUGUAAUAGUUAAAGAGGCUUAGAACAAGCUAACAGGCAAUAGAAAUAUGUAUAUCAGAUUUUUUAAUGUAACAACCUACAUGUUAAUUGUUACCUUAUUCUUUUUAUCUUUAGUAGACACUUUUAAAAGAAAAGACAAUAAUUUUGUUGUGUUUAACUCACCAACAUGUGGUGUAUAAUGAAGACAGAACUACAAUAAAUUAGUUUUGUUCUGA